AUGUCGUUUACUUCAUCAUCAGAUGAUGAUAAUGAUGAAAAUUGUCUCGAUCGAAAUAAUACUGAAAUACUUAAUUCACAAAAAUCUUUAAUUUAUAAACAUCCAUUAUUUCCCGUACUUGCUUACGUACUCGAACGAUGUGAACAAGCAACAGUUAAUCCAUCAUUUUUAACAAUGAAAGAUGAUUGUCAAACAUCAUUUGAAGAUAAUUUAAAAAAGUUCUUAACAAAAAAUAAUGAGAUAUUAACCAUAACUCGAGAUCAUAAUGAUUUAUCCUCAGUAAUUGAUGAAUUUUAUAUUGAUGCAAUGCAAGUACUUCGUAUUCAUUUACUUGAACUCGAAAAACUCGAUGAUUUAUGUCGAGAUUUCUGUCAACGUUAUGUUGCUUGUCUUAAAGUUAAACUUAAUCCAAAUAAUUUAUUUACUGACGACGAAGAAGAAGAUGUUGAUAAUGAUGAUGAAGAUUUCGAGUUAAAUAAUGAUGAAGAUUUUGAAUCCGCAGAAGAGAAUGAUGAAGAAUUCAUGUUUAAUCAACAACAGAUUACUACGAAUCAUAUUUUUAAGACACAAUUUCACAGUAAACAAACAGUAUCGACGAAUGAUUUAAAUUCAUUAAAUACAACACAAUUUGAUGGUCAAACUCCACUUUCUCAAAUAAUUGCAAGUGGCUCAUCGUCUCACAUCGAUUCAUCAUCAUUUUUAUUUGAAACAAUGUCUACAAAACAACGAAAACAACCAAAUAUUGUUUCAUCAUCAAAACGUGGUAUUCUACCAAAAAGUGCAACGUCGAUUAUGCGUAGCUGGUUAUUUCAACAUAUUGCUCAUCCAUAUCCAAGUGAAGAUGAAAAACGGAUCAUAGCAAAUCAGACAAAUUUAUCAUUACUUCAAGUUAAUAAUUGGUUCAUAAAUGCUCGUCGUCGAAUUUUACAACCAAUGCUUGAAACAUCAAAUCCUGAUUUAAUAAUCACAAAAAAGAAAAAAAGACAUGACACAACACUAGAUGAUGAUGCGCAUCAACAUAAAUCUAGUCGACAAUUCUCACAUACAAAUCGUUAUUGGCCAUCGAAUUUAGGUCGAAUUGAUAUGCAUAAAAAAUAA